GCCCGUAGAGUUGGAUGAUCUUGCUAAUGACCGAGUUACUUUUCUGCAGUACGAAGAUGGUACUACGCCAACUUUGACGGACAAUUGGAGUGUUGAGGACAGCUUUGCUUUGAGACUUUCACAGGCCUCAGCAGGAACUUUAGAAGCCUUCAAGGUAACUUUGCUUGAGCAGCUCAACGAGCAAGACCCCGCAACUGGUAGUGUAGGAAAUAUGCAGGCUACUUUGUACGGUCAGAUCAAGGCUUUGCGUCUUGAGCUCUUGAACCGAUACAAUGUUGAGUUGUCCGUGCAUUCUGCACUUUUCACUUGGCUUGUUCGGCAUUCGCAGUGGCUUGUCAACCGUUACUUGCAGAACUCAGAAGGCAAGACAGCUUUUGAGAGACGUUGGGGUAAGCGGUACAACGGCUUUUUGUGUCGCUUUGGAGAAACCGUGCUUUUCAGACGCCCUCAGCACAAGGGCAAGGUUUCAUGGUUUUCUGGCAUUUGGCUAGGUAAAGACACGGAGUCAGAUCAGCACUUUGUUGCUGACGCUUCUGGUGUCUUUAAAACACGCAGUGUUAAGCGUUUGCCACCUUCGAAGCAGGCAGACCUGGCACUUUUGCAGGCCAUUAAAGCCAGACCUUGGGACCCACAAGGCUCUAAAGUUGAGACGGACGCCUUCAUCUUUCCAGCUUCGCCGUCCGAGGAGGCGAGCGGUGAGAAGGCCACUUUCGAGCCUGGUGUUCCUUUAGACCCCCAAGCAGUUGAAGAAGUUGUUGAGCUUGAGCAACUUUUGGGCCAAGACAUGCCAGUUGAAGAUGAUGACAGCAUGUACUUUCCAUCCGAGGAUGAACAGGAAGCCCCUCAAACCACUUCCGCACAAGCAAGGUCAAGCGCUGACGCUGCUUUUCCUGAGCCACCCACUGUGCGACCAAGACUUGAGGAGGCCUCUCCGACAAAGCGCACCUCGGAAACUUUGAACGUGGGAAGCUCUAAGGUUCAGCGCAUUGCUUGCGUAACUUUGAACAAGAAAAAGAAGAAGAGGAAACUUAGAGCCCACGACUUGCGAGUUGCAGCUGUCACCACGAAGCAAGACCUCGAAGUGCCUGUAGCGGUGAAUCAGGAUGAGAGAGAACUUUCUCUUUCUAAGACUCUGGAAGACCCGCAACUUUGGUACGAAACAGAGUUUCCGUACGAAGAAGAAGUUGCAGGCAUGAAGAAAGAGGUCAAGAGCACGCAGGACUUUCAGGUGUUUGACGAAAUCGCCGUCGAGCAAGUCCCAGAUGAACUUUCGCAACAGGGGAUUUCAACUAAAUGGGUCAAGACUCGCAAGGGCGAUGGGACUGUGCGUUGCCGACUUGUUGCUCGAGGCUACACUCAGCAGGUUGAUGACAAAGACGAGAUCUUUGCGUCCACACCGUCGCUGACGAACUUGAAGCUUCUGCUUGUGUUGGCAAUGGCCUUUAACUGGCACAUUGCGGUUGGUGAUGUUUCCACAGCUUUCUUACAUGCCUCUGUGGACUCUGACAUCUUUGUCAUUCCACCGCUUGAGUUUUACCCUCAAGGAGGCGUCUUGUGGAAGUUGCGCAAGGCACUUUACGGGCUCAGGAAUAGCCCAAAAUUGUGGCAGACUCACUUUGCCUCCGUCAUGGCCAAGAACGGCUUUAAACGCAUGAAGUCAGACCCAAACCUUUAUGUUCACGAGUCUAAACGGCUUUACGUGUUGGCGUACGUUGAUGAUCUCAUGUUCUUUGGACAAAAGCAUGAAGUUGACUCCAUGGUGCAAGACUUGCAGCGUGACUUGCUUUUGAAGUUGACGGGCACUCUCUCCGAAGAUGAGAACGUCACUUUCCUCGGAAGAGAAAUCCGAAGAACCUCUGAGGCCAUUGAGCUUUACAUGAAAUCGGAGUACAUUGAUCGCAUGCUUGAGCUUUAUGACAUGAAAAGUUGUAAGCCGAACGCCGCUCCGGGUGCAGACACUUUGCGUAAGAAGCUCGAUGUUGAACCGUUGAGCAAUGAAGCGCACAAGCUGUACCGCCGAGCCGUCGGACAACUUUUGUGGCUUGCGAAUGUACGUCCUGAAAUCAUGUUUGCCGUGAAGGAACUUUCUCGUGGACUUUCGGCCCCCACGACCGAGCAUGAAGCCAAGGUGAAGCACCUUUUCAAGUUUCUUUCCGGAACAAAAGACUACAAGCAGCUUCAGGACGACCUGAAGGUCGCCACAGCCCACUUUGGAUACCUCAUCCGGUGGAAGAACUUUCUUCCAAACUUUGCAAG